CUAGGAUGACGUCAAACUGGGCGCCAUGCCCAGCAUUGCCAUGAGCAUAUCUCGCACAGCGUUUGGAGGACGAAAGGCGCAAUGCAUGCCAUAACUGCCGCAGUGCACGUCUUUCACCUGCUUCAUUCUUAUCGCACUAGGCUGAGUUUUGAAGGAAAGUGAAGGUUGAAACCAGGACAGGCAAACGACCAGCACAGCGUUCUGCGGAGAGAAUCAGGCUUCUCAUAGUGAACUUGUAGGGAUGGCUUCAUCAAGGGUUUCUUCGUCCUUCCCAGUGACCAAGGAAGGGCAAUUGUACGUCGUACGGGAGGCAGGGACUCUCAGUCUGCGGCGCUUUAAAUGCAAAGGCCGCUACUUUGUCCUUAGAGGCAAGUUUGCCUACAUCUACAAGAAGGCACCCAAGGCGGAAUCUGAUGCAAAGGAGAACGUACGGCGAGGUUACAUGGGGCCUCACGUCCGCCUGGCCGAGGCCGGGCGCAUAAUGGCGGGGGGGAACCCCCUGUAUAUAUUCAAGAUCUACUCGGCAAUUGACCACAAGAAGGAGCUGACAAUUGGGGCGCUCACUCCUGAAGCCGUGCAUGAAUGGAUGAGCGCGCUGCAGUCCGCUAUUGACUCGGUGGGCCCAGUGCGGCUGGUCCACUCCACUAGAGUGAGCACUGCGGCCCCUGUUGUGGAGGACAGCUUAACCCCCCGGAAUAUAGCUCGGUUUUCCGAACCGGGCCCCCGCGCAGGGAAUGGAGUGAGCCCACGGAGGGUGGAGAGAGCUGAGGAGGGGCGCUCACAGGAGAUGGAGUUGGUUGAGAGCGAGUCUCCGGUCGGAAAAGCGCCUGCAAUGCUGAGAAAGCACACGCGCAGGAAGGACAGCUACGGAAGAGGCAUUCCUGAGUACUUCAAAGACUGGACGGAGUCGGAGAUUGCGCAUGCGGGCCACGGAGAAAUCCUUGACGCCAUGGAGCGGGAGUCGGAGGCAGCGUCCGGAAUGUCCUGGCGGCUCAUCCGGUGUAGCAACGGCCUCCGGUUCUUCGAACAGAUACACGACUCCGAGGACGAGAACAACACCCGGACGGUCAAGUCCAUCGGCAUCGUGGAUGCUCCUGCGGACAAAGUGUUUGCUCUCGUAAUGAGCAUGGGGAAGCUGCGGCUCGAGUGGGACGCGGUGGUCAAGGAAGGCAAGGUCGUGGAGGAGAUUGACGGCCACACUGACGUCAUCUACAAGAAGCUGCGGAAGGACUGGCACCGGGGCCUGGCACGCAGCAGGGAUCUGCUCAUUUCGCGCUACUGGCGGCGGACGGAGGACGGCAGAUACGAGAUUCUGUACUUCCCAGCUCGACACCGGGACUUCCCUAAGAAGUUUGGAGUUGUACGAGUCAAGGUUGUCAGCGGCGGCUUCGUCAUCUCCCCCAUCGCGCCCGCCCCCGGCACCUCCUCCCCGCGCUGCAUCGUGGAGCACGUCCUGGAGAUGAAGCCGCACGGUGUCUCCUGCUGCUGCGGCCAGGCGGGGCCCACCUACCGGGAACGCCUCCACUUCAUGAUGCUCAACCGAGUGGCCGGCAUCCGUGAGCUGUUCGCUAUCAAGCUGGCCAAGCCCCCUGCCCCCGUCUCUGCGUCUCGGACCCGCUCGAUCGAGCACACGCACACCAAGGACGACUCCCGAGAGCUCUUUGUGAAGAUGCCCUCCAACGCGUUCGAGUUUGGCGAGUCGGAAGAUUCAGAGACGGCAAGCCCGACGGGGCGCAGCUUCCCGUUUGCGGACCUGCUGGAGGACGACACCGAUGACGAGGACGACUUUUUCGACGCCACCAACGAGCUCACCGAGGCGCAGACCGCGCUCAAGCGGCAGCUCACGCAGCGGAGGUUAAGUGGAAAAGCUCUUUCCACGCCAGAAGACGCGACCGAGCUUCGGCGGAACGCCCCCUACAGCUUCGUCUCUGACCCUCGGCACGUCGUCCCCAUUCCGGUUGACUUUGGCUCCUUUGUCGGCACGCUGGGGCGGGGCCCUGAGGAGAACGGCAAAGACAGCUGGAGCGAGCCAGCUGGACAGCUGUUCAAAGUGCGAGGAGCGAACUACCUGAAGGACCGGCAAAAGGUGAUGGCGGGCGAGCCGAUCUGCCGGUUAGUGGCGACCGACUGGUACAAGUCGAACAAGAAGAUGGACGCCCUCGCCAGCCGACCGGGGAACAAAAUCAUGCAGGCGUUCCACGAAGCUAACAACGCGGACGGCACCAGUCGGGGGCUCUUUAUGUUCGUCAUCAACAUGCAGGUCCCCGGGCCGACCAACUACAGCAUGGUGUUUUACUUUUUGUGCGACAAGCCGAUCGAGGAGGGCUCGCUGCUGCACCGCUUCAUCCACGGGGACGACGCGUUUCGCAACCGGCGCUUCAAGCUCAUCCCCUCUAUCGUCAAGGGCUCCUGGGUGGUCAAGCAGUCGGUGGGUUCCACCGCCUGCCUUUUAGGGAACGCCCUCACCAUGACGUACGUCCGGGGGAAAGACAAUCUAGAGUUCGAAGUGAACAUCGGUUCGUCGAUGGUUGCCAACGGCAUCAUGGGGAUGGUCGUGGGCUACAUCACGCAUCUAGUUGUCGACAUGGCGUUCCUUGUACAGGGCGACACCCCGGAGGAGCUCCCCGAACAGCUCCUGGGGGCCGUGAGGAUAUCCCGGCUGCAACUGACGUCAGCCGUCGAUCCCCCACCGGUUGACGAAGCGUGACCCGAUCCCUCCUUGGGUGGUCACCGCAAGGCCUAUAAAGGACAGGGUUAACGUGGACGAAACGAGAGGUAUGCGCAUGCUUGAGCAUGUGAUGAUCUGCCCGCCCGCUCCUUUUUGGAGCUUAGUUUGAAUUGAGGAAUUGAGUUGACACGCGUCAAGCACCACUUAUACCGACCGGCCCUUUCCGAAGACUUGCACCAGCCAAUGCACUGUAAGACUGAGUUUGUACAGUACUGCUGUAAGACUGGGUAUAUACAGACACUAGUUGAAACCAUUACGCAGACAAUGUUUUGAACCAUUCCCUCACCCUCUUCCGAACCCCUUCGAACACAUAACAAGCCCGUUUAUAACCUUUAGACCGUCGUAAUGCACCGUGA